AUGCCGCCCCGCGGCUGCCGCACCGACUGCGUGGAGAAGCCCCUUUCACGCGCGCUCCGCGCCUUGGGCGCCUCCGUGGGCUCCCACCCGUGGCCCUUUCUCCUGGUGCCUUUGGUGCUUUCGGGCGUCCUGGCAACCGGCUUCGUCUUCCUGCCUAUACGUCAACCUAACGACCUGGAGGGGCAAUUCACGCCCCUCGGCGGCCCGGCCAAAUUGGAGCGACGCUUCGUGCAGGCGCACUUCCCGACCGACGACGCCAAGAACUUCUCUGCAGAGAGACUGAGCACCCAAGGCGCCUAUGCCACUUUCAUCGUCGUGGCGGCCCGCGACGGCGACUCGCUGCUGACGCGCGUGGCUUUCGCCGAGCUGCUGGCGCUGGACCGGGCCGUGCGCGGCAUACGGGUGGCGGGGGUGUCCUUAGACCACUUUUGCGCGCGCACCAACGGCUCCUGCAUCAGCCCCAACCCGCUCCUGAGCGCCGUCCGCGGCAACCCGGCCGAGAUCGAGACGCUGCUGCCGCAGCUCACCUUCCCGGUCUUCCGCGGGCGGCUGUUCCUGGGCUUCUUCCUGGGGGGCGUCACGCUGGGCCCGGGCGCCGAGCCUGCGCGCCCGCUGCUCGCGGCCCGAGCGCUGCGCCUCAUCUACUUCCUGCAGGAGGACGACGCCUCGCAGCGGGAGGCCAGCACGCUCUGGCUGGAGGCCUUUCUGGAGCGCGUCCCGCGUGUACUGCGCGCCCUGAACCCGACCGCUCUCAAGGUAGCCCAUUUUACCUCACUGUCAAGACAGAAAGAAUUUGAAAAACUUGCUAAGGGUGUGAUCCCAUUGGUCUCCAUCGCAUAUCUUUUAACAAUAUUAUUUUCAAUUAUUUCAUGUACAAGGCUAGAUUGUGUCCGAACAAAACUCUGGGUUGCAAUUUUUGGAGUGCUUUCAGCAGGUUUAUCUGUCCUCAGCAGUUUUGGAUUAUUGCUGAUUUAUGGGGUGCCAUUUGUAAUCACAGCUGCAAAUUCGCCAUUUCUUAUACUUGGAGUUGGUGUCGAUGAUAUGUUCAUCCUGGUAUCCUGUUGGCAGCAUACAAAAGUGAAGGAUAGUGUCAAAGACCGGAUGGCUAACACUUAUUCAGAGGCAGCUGUAUCAGUUACUAUCACAACUCUGACAGAUGUUUUAGCUUUCUACAUUGGAAUUGCAAGUUCCUUUCCAUCAAUUAAGUCAUUCUGCAUCUAUACAGGGACAGCUUUUGUUUUUUGCUAUAUAUACAACCUGACAUUUCUUGGGGCUGUUUUAGCUCUAAAUGGUAAAAGAGAAGAAAGUAACAGGCAUUGGCUGACAUUCAUGAAAGUGGCAAGCAUGCCCCAAGAUUCUCGGGGCCGUAUGUAUAACCGAUGCUGCACAGGAGGACUUUAUGACGAAUCUACUGGAACUGAGAUUGAACAUCCCAUGAAUGGUUUCUUUAGAAAGUAUUAUGGUCCCUUCCUUACGCACAGCUGGAUUAAAGUAAUUGUGGUAGCGCUGUAUUUCCUAUACCUAGGAAGUAGUAUAUAUGGGUGCUUUAAUGUCAAAGAGGGUAUAGAUCUUCGAAAUGUAGCAACAGAUGAUUCUUACAUCGUUCCAUAUUACGAUGUUGAAGAUAGAUAUCUUUCACUGUACGGACCAAGGGUUAUGGUAAUAGUUACUGAAAGUAUAGCGUAUUGGAAUGCAUCUGUUCGUGCUGAUCUUGAGAACUGUAUGAAUAUUCUAGAAAAUUCAUCCUAUGUGGAAAAGAAUUUUUCAGAGUCAUGGCUGAGAAUUUAUCAAAAUGUUGCUAAAGGCAUGUCUCUAGAUUUAAAUGACCAUGAUGUAUUCAUUGCAAAUUUACCUGCCCUGUUCAGAGUAAAUUCAGAAUCUCAGUGGAAUAUUGAUAUUAAUGCAAAAGAAAUAGUAGCUUCUCGGUUCUUUAUACAGACAGUCAAUGUUAUAACUUCAGUGGAUGAGAAAAAUCUCUUAAAACAGCUAAGAGGUAUUGCUAAGGACUGUAAGAUACCACUAAUGGUUUAUCAUCCAGCUUUUAUACACUUUGAUCAGUUCCUUGUUAUAAUUAGUAAUACCAUUCAGAAUGUUCUGAUUGCAACCGGAGUCAUGUUAGUUAUUUCUUUGCUGCUAAUUCCAAGUCCUGUUUGCUCUUUGUGGGUAACUUUUGCUAUUGGCUCUGUGGUUGUAGGUGUGACUGGUUACAUGGCCUUCUGGAAUGUGAAUCUUGACUCCAUAUCUAUGAUCAAUCUUGUUAUUUCCAUAGGAUUUUCUGUAGACUAUUCUUCUCAUAUAUCUUAUGCCUUUGUUUCCAGUAGUAGACUCAGUGCAAAUGAUAAGGCAAUAGAUGCCCUUUUCCACCUUGGUUACCCAAUUGUGCAGGCAUCUGGCUCCACCCUUAUAGGAAUUUUAGUUCUAUCUAUGGCAGCCAGCUAUGUCUUUAGGACUUGCUUUAAGAUAAUGUUUCUUGUUAUUAUUUUUGGGUCUCUUCAUGGUCUCGUAUUCAUUCCUGUGUUUUUAACACUUUUUCAUUAUUGUGCUUGA